AUGGCAACAACAUCAAAUUCAAUUCCAUUCUACGCAUAUAAAGAGCCAACAAUAACAACAGAAUUGACGAUGAUUGAGAAUGGACCACGAAUAGCAGAAUCAACAAUACAACAACAAGAAUGUGAAAUCACAGAAGAAAUCAAUGAAACAUUUGACUUCAUUGACUAUGUAAAGUUAAUCAAUGAAGAAAUGUUGGAACAACUAGAGAACAACAAGAAUAAGGACCAGCCGCUCUAUCAAUUCACUUAUUCUGAAAAUAACAAGUCUUGGGAGUGGUUUUUCACAAAAUUAAGAAAAGCCUAUGGAGUUAGAGAAGACCAGUGUAUAAUAUCAGAUCGACAUGAAAGCAUAAUCAAAGCAACAAACAAAGUUUUCCCAUAUAUAACACCUGGCUACUGCAUGUUCCACCUAUUAAGCAACCUGAAAACAUCCUACAAGAAACAUGCAAAGGAAUACAAUGUAGCUUUCUUUGGUGUAGCAACAACGUACACAGAAAAGAAAUUCGAAUAUCAUAUAAAGGAGCUUGACAACUUGGAUAAGCGAAUAAGGCCUUAUUUGCAGAAAAUUGGAUAUCAUAAAUGGUCAAGAUUCUACUCCAAAAACAAAAGGUACUUAGUAAUGACUUCCAAUAUUGCUGAGUCACUUAACUUAGCCACCGUAGUAGCUAGAGAAGUACCUGCAAUAACACUUUUGAAGUGUUUGCGUGGAUUAAUCCAAGAUUGGACAUACACUAAUAGGAAACUAGCUAAAAAAACAAUGACAAGAUUGACACCAGUUGCAGAACAAGCAUUCACCAACAACUUCGUAUACUCUUUGAGACUAACUAUAAGAUUACUCAAUUUUUUCGUUUUAUUUUUCAAAUAUUUUUGCAAGUCAGUAUUGUUGCUGUUGUGUUGCUCUAAUGUUGCUACCGUACCUACGCAACAUAUAAUACAGGUAAAGCCAGCAAAUGAAUAUCUAUUUGAGGUAUUCAAAGAAGAUAAGUCAUGGAUUGUAAAUCUCAAAGAACGAAUUUGCACUUGCAAUAGGUUUAAGAAGGAUGAAAUGCCAUGUGCUCAUGCUCUUGUUGUGAUGAAGGAGAUGAACAUAGACCCCUACGAUUACUGUUCACAUUACUACACAACAAAAGCAUGGUUAGAAACAUACGAUGCAACUGUGUAUCAAAUAGGGAAACAACGAGAUUGGGAAUUGCCAGACUUUUUCAAAGACAUCAUAGUGCUUCCUCCAUUUGAAAGAGUGAGAGUUGGAAGACCAAAGAAAAGAAGAAUUAUAUUUGCUUGGGAAACUAAAAAGAAGAACAAGUGCAGCAAGUGUGGACAAAGAGGUCAUAAUAAGAAGACAUGUCGAACCCGACCACCAAGAAGUUGA